GUGAGCCGCGGCCAUGGGGAACAUCUCCUCCAACAUCUCCGCCUUCCAGUCGCUGCACAUCGUCAUGCUGGGCCUGGACUCGGCGGGGAAGACGACGGUGCUUUACCGGUUGAAGUUUAACGAGUUCGUCAACACCGUGCCCACCAUCGGUUUCAACACGGAGAAGAUCCGGCUGAGCAACGGGACGGCCAAGGGCAUCAGCUGCCACUUCUGGGAUGUGGGCGGUCAGGAGAAGCUGCGCCCGCUCUGGAAGUCCUACAGCCGCUGCACCGAUGGCAUCAUCUACGUGGUGGACUCUGUGGACGUGGACCGGCUGGAGGAGGCCAAAACGGAGCUUCACAAGGUGACCAAAUUCGCCGAGAACCAGGGCACCCCGCUCCUGGUCAUCGCCAACAAGCAGGACCUGCCCAAAUCCCUGCCGGUGGCCGAGAUCGAGAAGCAGCUGGCCCUCCACGAGCUGACCCCUUCCACCACCUACCACAUCCAGCCCGCCUGCGCCAUCAUCGGCGAGGGGCUGACGGAGGGCAUGGACAAGCUCUACGAGAUGAUCCUGAAGCGGAGGAAGUCCCUCAAGCAGAAGAAGAAGCGGUAGAAGCCCCCCCCGGCGCGGGGAGGGGGGAAGCAGACAAAGGAACCGUGGGGGAGAGAGAACCAAAGCGAGCCUUUUUGGGUUUAAUCGUCGUUAU